GUUCCAUUCAGGGAAAGGAUGGAAACAGACUAGGGGACCUCUGACAGCUUGGAAGUGCAAAGCCCAAGAGGCAGGCUUUGCUGGGAGCUGACGCAGAGGUCAGGGUAGGGACCCACUCUCCUAUCCCGAGGGCUCCAGGAGUUGCCAGUGGGUCCACCAGGUCUCCUCACCCCCACUCAGACACACCCACGGCGUGUUUCUCUUGCCUGCAACGCCCAGUGGGGGGCGGGGCUCGAGGGCGAGGAGGUGGCUGUUCCGAAGCCUCGAGAGCCUUCAGUUCCUACCAGACUCCGGCUGGGGUGCCAUCCUGCCCCAUGGCUGGACACGGGCCCUCAAACUUCUGCCCCCUCCCGGGCAUUGGCGGGGGUGGCCUCGGAGGGCCAGUACCGGUGCGGGUUGACCCUCCGACCUGGCUGAGCGCCCAGGCGGGCCCUGGCAAGCUGGUGGUCUGGCCAGGGGUCGUGCCGGUGAUCAGGCCGGGGGUCUGUCCAGGCCCUGAGGUUUGGGGUGUGCCCCUGGGACCCCCACUGUACGAGUUCCAGGGCGGAAUGGUGCCCUGCGGGUCCUGGCUGGGAGCUGGCGAGGCUGGGGCCCGCUUCUGGAGUCCAUCUGAGGGCGCCGGCCCUGGGCCCUACAUAGCCCUGCGGUGCGUCCCGAAGCUAGCGCUGCCAGAGGACGUCUCAGCCAUUCAGAAAGAAGUGAAGCAGCUGGCCCAGGAGCUGAGACAGAAGCGGUUGACCCUGGGCUACUCACAGGCCGACGUGGGGUUCGCCGUGGGAGCGCUGUUCGGGAAGGUGCUCAGCCAGACCACCAUCUGCCGCUUCGAGGCCCAGCAGCUGAGCUUGGCCAACAUGUGGAAGCUUCGCCCGCUGCUGAAAAUGUGGCUGGAGGAGGUGGAUGCGAAGAACCUUCUGGGCUUAUGCAAAAUGGAGAUGAUCCUGCAGCAGAGCCGGAAGCGGAGACGCGCCAGCAGGGAGAGGCGGAUCGGAAACAACCUGGAGAGACUGUUCCUGCAGUGCCCCAAGCCCACACCCCAGCAAAUCAGCCGCAUCGCGGGCCACCUGCGGCUGCAGCAGGACCUGGUCCAAGUGUGGUUCUACAAUCGCAGCAGGAUGGGCAGCCUGCCAAGCAGCGAGGCCUCAGCUCACGAGGAUGCGGCGGCGGCCGGGCCGCCUUUCCCAGGCCCUCCGGUGUGCUUCCCGCUGCCACCGGGGCUUCAUUUUGAGCUCCCCCACUGUGGGGGGUGCUGCUUUCCACCUCUGCACCCCUCCGCGCCUGUCCCAGCGGGGAUGGCCCUCCUGCCGGCCCCGGCCACCACCCUGGGCCUCCCCAGGCUUUCCAGCUGAGGGGCCCGCCUCUGGGGAAGGUCGGGAAUCCGCUCUGGGCGUCUUUUCCGCCUUUUAGCAUUAAGUUCUUUGAUGUCUAGAAGUUAAGAGUGCUUAGCAGGGGAUAAGGGUGGGAGUUUAGGAGAAAGGUGGGAGAGAAGUUGAAGUUUUUUGUUGCUUUGUGUUUUUCCCUAAAGUACAUUUACAAUAUAUAGAUGAUUACAAUA